AGUCAUAACAAAAGGAAGCGAGAAGUGUGUUACAACGUUGUGCUGUGCAUGGGAGUAUGUGAAUGCAGCACAACGCAACUGUUUUAGAGCGUUUUUAACGUUAUUUAUGUGAUGCACAGUUCGAAUUUGUGUUAGUGACAGACAAAAUGCCGUACAGAUGUUGUGAGACCGGGUGUAAAGGCAAUUACCCGACGGGACUGAAAGUGCAAGUUUUUUCAUUUCCAAAGGAAGAAAAAUUAUUAGAAAAGUGGAAACAGGCUACCCCAAGGGAAAAUUUAACAAUCAGCAAAACAACAAAGGUGUGUGAACAGCAUUUUCACCCUCAUGAAAUUGUAACAACAUCUCAAGAUAUCAGAAGAAAUGGAGACGUUCCUCGCACACUUGCAAGACCAAGUUUUCUUUCAACAGCAGUUCCUUCUGUUUUUUCAGACUGCCCUCACUAUUUGAGCAAACCUUCAAGCUACAGAAUUGGCCCUGAGGUAAAGAGACAGAAACUUGAAGGGCAAAAUAUUCAGGCAGCUGUUCAGGAUAGUCUGAAGGAAAGGGAAAUAUAUUUAAAAGCUCAGUCCAUUGCAUCACUGUGUGAGUUAAAGGCAAAACUGUCAAUGUUAAAGCUAUCUGAUUUCUGGAGUAUCAUUACAAAACCUACAUCUGUAUUGUUUGCAAACAUUGAGACAGUUCCUUCUGUAAUAAAAUAUUCUGUUCUUGUUAGUGAAGGCCUUGAUGUAUCAGUAUUUGUCCUGAACGAGCAAAGAAACAAAAUAGGACUAAAUGGGGACAAGGUUUUAACAAGGGUUUCAAGCAUUGUUGAAUUACGUAAUCUGUUAGACUUUGUGGAAAAACCUGACAUGCAGAUUAAUGUUCCAAAUAAUAUUGAACAAAUUUUGAGUUAUGUAUAUGACAUUCUGCAGACACUUAAUUUAUCUGAGUAUGAAAAGAGCAAAAACAUACACUUUAUCAUUGAACAGUUGAAAUUACUAUCAUCAAAGAAAAUUUCAUACACUCCAUCAUUCAUGAUACUUUCUUGUUUAUCUUACAGUAUUUCCCCAUGUGCUUAUAGGUCUAAUAGAGACUAUGGUUUUUUUGUAGGCCCUCAUCCAUCAACAAUUCAAAGAGUAUGUUCUAAUAUUAACAUAGGCCCCCAGAAGAGCAAUGUGAAAAUAAUUUUUUAUCAUAUACAAGAGGUAAAUUUAAAUUUCUUGAACCACAUGAAUAUCAUGUCAACCUUUUAAUAGAUGAGAUACAUCUAAAAGAAUAUUUUGACUAUAAAGGAUGAAGUGUUGUUGGUAUGGUUAAUGGUGAAUGGCAAAUUCCGCAUAUGUUUUAAUGAUCAGCAGUAUACUGAGUAACUUUAGAGAUGUUGUCCAUAUUUUACCAGUCAAGAAAUUAACAGGUGAUAAUUUGCAUCAAUGUAUCAAAAGAAUAAUAUUGGGUCUUGAAGAUACAGGAGUCAAAGUACUGUCUGUAAUUUCAGAUAUUAAUUCCAUUAAUAGAAGGGCAAUGUCAUCAUUUUCAAAUCCCUCUUCAGUCUCUUAUGUAUAUAACCAUCCUAAAGAUUCAAUGUGACCAUUGUUUUUUGUAAUUGACUCUGUACACAUUAUGAAGUGCAUUUGGCAUAACUGGUUAAAGCAAAAAAAUAAUUCCUGUAUGAUUUAUCCACAUUAAAAAAAAAGAUUCUUGCAUACAUUAUGCCUGUUUUGAUACCUUACUGAGGCUAUAUGACCUUGAACAUGAAAAACUGGCAAAAUAUUGUUAUGGUCUGACUUUGAAAGCUAUGAGACCAAAUAACUUUGAAAAACAAAAUGAUAAACUAGCUCUGCAAAUUUUCUGUGAUGUCACAGCUAAUGCCCUUCAAACACUGGGUCCAAAACACUCCUUAAUUCACUGUAUGGAAACAGCAAAUUACAUUAGUUUGUUUACCAAAUGGUGGAAAAUAGCGAAUGUGAAAACACCAUUUAAGGGUAAUAGGUUAAACAAUGAAUUCAUGAGCCCUUUAAAACAAUGUACAAUAGAUCACCCCAAGUAUGCAUAUCUUACAGGAAUGUUAGAAUGGCUAAGCAGAUGGGAAAAAAUAAACAUCCGAUAUCCUGAGGGUUCACUAACAAAAGAAACAUGUUCAGCAUUAAUUCAAACAACACAGGCCUUUAUAAAAUUGACUGAAUAUUGUAUUAACGAGUUGGAGUUUUCCUACUUUUUACCUGGAAAACUUCAAACUGAUUUGCUCGAAGAGAGAUUUGGAAAGUAUAGGCAGUUAUGUGGAGGCCAGUACAAUGUCAGUAUCAGGCAGGUGUAUGAGGUAGAAAAGAAGCCUCGCUUGCAUUUUUUGAGAAUGCAAUUUUAUCUGAAAAGUUUGUACACUUCUCUUACAUGUCCUAAAAUUAAUUUGUUUUCAACAUACAUUGGCUUGCUAUCACCAUAUUUUCCCAUAGAAAUGUAACCAAGUUAGUCAGAUGUUCACCUGCUAGUAUUAUCAUUACAGUGAAAGUUUUCACUAACAGAACAGUUUUAGCAGACAAAGACUGUCAAGGUCUAGGGUCAGAAGUAAAGAACAGGCCCUGUUCUUCCACUACUUUUGUUUCACACCCUGCAGUUACUUACUCCAGACUCUUUUUCUAUAUGAGUUGGGUACGAAAGUCAACACUGAAAAUUUUUCAUUUUUACUAAUUGUGUUUAAGCUUGGCAAUCAUUUCCGUUUGUGUAUCAUCACAGACAAGUAUUUCCAGAUUUUCACCAGUUUCUUCCUGAAAGAAGGUUUCACUUAAUUUCAAUGUUAUUUUGUCAGCUUUAUCUUUACAAUAUUUUUUGAGAUGAAACAUUUCUUUAUUACUGAGGAUUUCUGUAAUGAAGGCAGAUGCUUUCAACAAGUACAAGCCUUUUUCAGCAUCCACAAAUUCAGGGCCAUUAGACAUACUUCAACUCAGUUGUACCUUUCCAUAAGAUUUUUUGCUUUUAAUUAUCAGUAGUUCAGGUUUUGUUUCAUUAGAUGAUUUCACUCUACAUGAAAUCUUUCUUAAAUACACAAGCUCAGAUUGAUCGUCCGUGAUUUACAUUUCCACAACAUUUACUCAUGCAGUGUAAGUUUCUUUUGAAUGGAUUACAACAAAAUUUUGACGACUUUUUAUCCACAGUUUGUCUUCUUAAGAAAUCAUAGAAGGAUAAAUCACAAUUAUUAAAAAGAUGAAACAGACAAGAGAUAUAAAAAUUUAAAAUUCAUUAGUUUAAAGCAACACAUUUUUGAGAUACCAUUAUUCAAACACAGUAAUCCCUGACAGUGAAGUUUAGUGCUGGAGUUUUCAGAAUGUACGGAAUCUUAUUGCAUUCUGUGUAAAAUGCCACUACUACUAUUUUAAAAGGCUGCUGUAUGUAUGCUUGACUCGUGCAUUAUAAGUGUUGCAUUGCUGCAACCUGCUCCCCUUUCUCCCUCUAGUGCUUUGCUAAUUUUCUUUCAGCAAUUGAUAUCUCUUGAAGCUCAUUAUUGUGUCAAUAAAACUGAAUGGUUUUGUUUUAUUAUUAUUUAUUCCAUAGUAUUUGUUUUCUGUUGUGUUAGUUACAAUUCUUAAGCCAAACAGCUUUAAGACGCUGAUCUGACACCCUUGUAAAUAAGGCAAAAUGGGUCUGUGUGCACAAGUUAAAUAAAAAACGCUUAAUGUGCAGCUUGCAAAA